UUUGUGUUGAGGAUGGCAUGAGGGUGAGUACAUUUUUGAGUGAAAUAUUCCUUUAAAGUUACUAACGGGUAACUUAGGAUAGGGUUCUGCACCUUUAUGUCAAUACUAAUAAAAAUAAAUUGAUCUUGGAAACUCCAGCAGGCUGUAAGGAAAGCUACCAGACCACAUCUCAUGAAAAGAUAUCUGGUUUCACCCCAAAAUAAAAAGAUUAUAUUUUGCAUUAAAAAUAUGAACCCUUUUCGGGAACAUCGACAUUUUAUGUAUGGUGACAUUAUUUUCAUGACAAUUAAACACCCACAAUUCUCAUUACUGAAUUUAUCUGUGAAAAAUAAACAUAUAUGCAUGUUUUUAGUUUUCUAUAUUUUCUCUCUUGUAACAGAAAGCCAUUGUUAAGGACAAGAAAGGAUGCUGCUGAGGUCAGUGCAACACAGAUGUCAAUAUCUAUGUUCAUGUCUUCCAAAGAAAAAUUCUGCAGUCUUGCUGACUGUACCAACACAUGGGAGAAAGACACUUUUUGUUUGCCUUUUGCCAACUCAUGACACUAAAACGCCAUGUAAAGAAAAGUAGUCCAGCGAUGGCCUGUUUCCCCUGAGCCAUGUUCAUCGGAUCACACGUACUCUGGUUGACCAGAGUUGCUGAACUGAACUAGCUUUCACUGCACCCAGCCAUGAACAGGCACUUGAAGACAUUCACACUCUGUGUCUUUAAAAGUCAGACAAAUUAUUUACUUUCAUCACCAAUUAGGAGCUUUUUGCCCUGGUCACCAUUCACAUGCACUGCAUCCUCGCGUGCUUAUUCUAGCAACAUUAAGAUGCGCUCCUACUUACAGUACAUGAAAAGGAAAGUCAAAGGAGCACCAGCCCCUCCAUACAGUCAUGUGUGCAAGGUGGGAGAUCCUGUGUUACGUUCACAGGCUGCAGCUGUCGAACCCGAAGCCAUUCAGGGACCAGAGGUGCAGCAGGUCAUAAAGACCCUGGUCAAGGUGAUGAGAAAGCUUGAGUGUGUUGGCCUAAGUGCACCCCAGAUCGGGGUUCCUCUGCGAAUAUUAGCCCUGGAGUAUCCAAAGAAAAUGCUGGAGGACAGCUCAUCAGCUUCUGUUGAGGCUAGGGGUCUGGUGGCAGUACCCCUUAUGAUUUUCGUAAACCCACAUUUACGUGUGCUGGAUGGACGGACUGUCACCUUCCAAGAGGCGUGUGAGAGCAUCUGUGGGUACUCAGCAUCUGUUCCACGCUAUGUGUCUGUAGAGGUGUCAGGUCUUAAUGAGAAAGCAGAGCCCAUCACCUGGCAAGCGAGUGGGUGGCCAGCUAGAAUACUGCAGCAUGAAAUGGAUCACCUAAACGGAGUGCUAUAUAUCGAUCGCAUGGACAGUAAAACUUUCAUUAAUGUCAACUGGGAAGAGUAUAAUGAAUAAACCUUUGGUUCUUUGCAACUUAACCUCAGGAUCUGACAAUACUUAACUCAUAGGGGACAAAAUGGACAUUCACAUCAAUGCUGUGUUGGAUUUAUUGCCUAUACAAUAUCAUGUAUCAUUUCAUCACUGCACACUUGGAAAUGAUUUCUCUUGUUGAUGAUGUACAACAAAUCAAAAUCAAAUUCAUUCAAGGACAGUAAACAACCAUAUGCCCAAGCCAAAUAUACAGUAUAUUAUCAAUAAACAAUUGGUUUUUUUAUCAUAUGGGAAACUGACAACUGAAGUAAUAUCUUUAAUAAGACAUUGUAGGAAGACUUUCACCAUAUGUAAGACGUUUAGUCUGUGCAGGUCGUGUAUUAUAACAUUAUUUUUCUUUAAAAAAAUAACUAAAUACAAGCAGGACUCCCUUUCAAUCCCUUUAUUUUGAUAUCAGUUCCAUUAAAUUGUCACAACAGAAA